UUUGAACUCGGCGCCUGAGAACGGUGGGUGGGAGUAAUAUGGACCAAAAAAAAAACAGAGAUCAUCUCCGCCUACAACCUCCUCGUUCACCUGUCUCACCAGGCUGAGAAGCCGGAUAUGUUCCUUUCUCGCAUCUGCACCUAUCUCGCCAAGCCCAUCGCCUCGUCUCCGCAGCAGGGCCCGUCGAUAGCCCUGUCCAUCCUCUGCACCAUCUUCAACACCCUCGCGCCCAACGACUCCAGCCGCUACCACGUCUUCCUGGCCAUUGUCGCCGUCAUCAGACAGUCCGGAUCGUCGUACGCCUUCGAGGCUUUCAAGCCGCAGCUGACCGCCCAGCUGCCCGGAUGGAUCGCCGCGUGGGAGUUGGAUGAGGAGGAUGCGCAGAAGGUGCAUCUGGCUGUGGCCGACGCUGCCACCGCUGCCGGUGAUAAUGAACUCGCCUACACCCACCUGGUGCAGGCUCUCCAGACGAUCCCGGCCAAUGAGGCCUCCAGCAAGGAGUCUCGCGAUCUGGCUAUCCGCGCCCUGACGGCGGCUUUCUCGAACCCGGCCAUCUUCGACUUCACCCCCUUGUCCGCUUCCGAUGCGGUCCAGGCUCUGCGGGCCAGCGAUACCUCUCUCUUCGAGCUCCUCGAGAUCUUCGCGGCGGACACGCUGGAUGCCUACGAAGACUUCGUUGCCUCGACCCCUCUGUCCUCCAUUUCCGGUGGCGUCCUGGCCGACGCUGGAGAGACGCUGCAGAACAAGAUGCGUCUGCUCACCCUUGCUUCUCUGGCUGCCUCGACCCCCUCUCGCUCCCUGCCAUACUCCACGAUCGCCUCUUCCCUCCGUGUGCCCGCCGAGGACGUUGAGAAGUGGGUUAUCGACACGAUCCGUGCCGGUCUCGUGGAGGGCAGGCUGUCGCAGCUGCGGUCCGAGUUCCUGGUCCACCGGGCCACCUACCGUGUGUUCGGUGAGAAGCAGUGGGCGGAGGUCCAGGGCCGUCUGAUGGUCUGGCGCCGCAGCCUCGAGAGCGUUCUGGGCGUCAUCCGCUCGGAGCGGGAGCGUUUCGUGCGCGAGGGCAUGCAGGCUGCUGCGGAGGAAGCCAAGUCCAACGAGAAGGGUGGAAGGACCAUCGAGCGACGACGGAAUCAGCAGCAGCAGCAGCAACCUCGGGAGGUGGAAGUGGCUGGCGGUGCUGAGUAGAUAUACCCCUCCUCGCAAUAUCGUCGAAGCUAAACAUGAGGGGGGGUGAAAUCCACCUCAAGUCAUAUCCUUUUUUUUCACUCUUCCGCCGCCGCCAUCUAUUUACCUUUUUUUUAUGUCAUUCUUCUCAUGUUGCUUAGAUAGGGAGCCCUCUGUAUGCAUGAUGCUUUUUCUUUUUUUUACUUUUUAACUUAACGGAUCGGGACAGUUCGUUUCAUCGUUCCAUUCGAUCAUCGUCAAAUCGGAUAAUGAGUCACGUUGUUUAAAACAAAAACGGGUCCUUUUUCUUUUCUCUUACACUUGCUGGUGAAGAAUAAAAUGGGAGAUGGAGGACAAAGCAGAAUUCAGGUUAGGGAGCAGGAAGGCCGAUGACAUACGAGACCACUGUGUUAGGUCGAAUAGGUUCUUAUUCGAGAAACUAGAGGGGGAAAUAAGAAAAGAAAAUGGAACGAACAAUUGA